UUUCUGAUUUUUAAAAGCAGGGAGGCUUUUCCAGCGUUGAUUUGCUUCUCUGGUAGCUGUGUGAUGGCAGGUUAUUUUUGAGGGGACAGCGGAAGCCAGAGCUGCUGGGACCUUCCUGGAUGUUCCUCUCCCUGCCCACAGCUCGAGCGGUGGCUUUCUUCUGUAGCUCACACCCAGCCCCUCUUUCAAGAAAGACCAUGCUGUGGGGCUACCUGAACCAUGAACUUUAAGCUGCACACCAUUAGUCUGGUGAGCAUUGACGUAGGAGGAAAAUGACAACAGUAAUUUGGAAGCUGAGAGAGACAACUGCAUGCAGGCAUUUGCAAGAUAUGUUGCUAUGAGGAAAGGAGUCAGCAAUGACUGAUGUGGAGCCUGUGGUCACAGAUUUUGCGGCAUCAGGACGGGCAGGCCGCCGGAACGCCUUACCAGAUAUUCUGGGCUCUCCUGCUGGUGCUGGGACUUCAGACCUGCCACACAAACUGGCUGAGCUCUCCAUUUCAGAAGAUGGAGGAGCAGAGGGUGGAGAAGUGCCAUCAUCCAAAGCCUUGCUGGAAAGUCAAGAGACGGAAGGAAAAAGCAAUGAUUCCUAACACCUGAGGACUGCUGGAUUAAUGAAACCCAUCGACAGACUUUCCAGUUUUCCUCUGUCACCCCUUCUGAAGUGUAGUAGCAACUUUAGCAGCACAGACAAAAUUUUGCAACACACUUGUACCUAGAUGACAUUAAUGUGGAACUACUGUUUUUUCUACUGUCCUUCAAAACCAAUGUUCUACACAUCCAAAUGGGAAGAAAGCUAAAGAAUGUAUCUCUUGUUUUGGGUUUUCUCAUGGUUGUAGUACUCGUCCUAACUAAUCUUCUCUCACAGUUUCAAUUAAUAUGCCUAGCAGAUGUACCACCAAUUAAUGAUUGCUUCAAAAUAAAAAUCCUGUUUCUUAAUUUCCCAAAAUAGCUUCUUUCUCUCGACACAGAGGUGUAUUCACUGUCCCCACCUUAAGAUGAUAUUAAGUAUAUAUUAGAUUACAGACAUUACCUGUAAUUUAUGUCCUGAGAUUUUUGUUCUCAUUAGGGAUAUGUAGAUGGAUAUGAGAAAUAAAAAAAGAGAAACAAUUUUUUUCUCUCCUCCUCCUGUCUCCAAAAGGUUUUGUAAACUACUUAAACACCAGUGUUUGUUUUCAAAUUCUCUUUAAACUCUAUUUGAUUAUGGCAGAUCAUCUCAGUUCUCCCACUCUUAGCAAUCUUGCCACUUCUGUCAUUUCUGUUUUCAGGCUGAAUAUUGUAGCUGUUCAUGUGUAUCUAAAAUAAAGUAGCCAUGUUUUAAGUGAUUAAAAUUGUUUAAUCUCACUGUGGAAAUUAAAUAGCUAUCAUCUU